GCUCCAUUCUCCAACCCCCAAAUCCUUUCUUUUGCGAUCCAAGAAAUAAUGGAAACUCCUGCAUCAACGAGAAGAAUUACAAGAUCACAGGCCUGCUUGUCUGCAAUGAACAACAACAUCCCAACUUCAAGGAAAAGCGAAAAAUCUGAACAGAAAGCUCAUUCGAGACAAAGAAACUUGAAAAACGACAGGUCGGUUGCGCUUAUCGACAUUACGAACGAUUCCCCCAUUGUUGGCCUUGCUGGUGGAAGCUUAGAGACACCUUCCUCCUUUGUUGCCAAGAGAAGGGAUUGCCCCAAGAAAACUCCUGGUUCUGGGGAGGCCCUGCUUCGGGGUCAGGUCAAAACCCUCUUGCAGAAGGUCGAAGAAGAAGCUGAGUUUUUCAAACUCUCUUUCGAGCACCGCCCGUUCGUCCAUCUCUCGGCUUCUCCGUCAGGGCUUGCCCCAACUCCUGCUAACACACCCCAGGUUCCCAAUCUCACCUGCGGCGGAGACAUCAAGAACAUUCUAAACUGUUCAGCCUCUGAAAAGCUCUCCUCCAACGUAACCAAAGAAACCAAAAUUCCUCAGGCGGUCACGGAUAUUGACGAAACGAAGCAAGAUUCUCAAGAAUCUGUGAAAAAUGUGAUGAUUCGGUCUUUACUGUUUGAUUUCUCUGAGAAGUCAGAGGUCUCUGAUUCAUCGGAAUGCUCGUCGGCGCUGACUUAUCAAGAAGAGACUUACGACCGAGAGAAGUCCGUUGAGGAAGACGAUGCUUCAGUUUGGUCCAUGCAGGUUAAUGCUAGCAGCAGUAAAGACGAAGAUGAAGAUGGAGGAGAAAUUGUAGAAGGCGAGGAAGCCGAAGAAGAUAACAACUACGACGAGGAAGAAGAUGAAGAAGAAGAAGAAGAAGAAAUAGGAGGAGCAGAUGAGCUGUUUGACGAAUUGUGCGAAGGUCUGAGCAAGAUGACCGUUCAGGAGAAGAAAAUGCUGUAUGAGUUCAAGGGUAAGCAUACCCGAUUCGUGUACAACGAGGACGAUGAGAUUGAAGGAGCAGAGGAGGUCUGUGUUUCCGCUAUUUCACCUGGAGUCUUGCGUUUGAAGGGUUUGCCCACUGCGGAAGGAAAGCACCUUCGCUUCCAACAGGAAGAAGAGGAUUGAUUGAUUGAUUGAUGAUGGAGGCAGAAUUUCUUAUUCUGUUGUUGCUUCGAUACUUCUGAACGUUUCUCUGGAAAUCGAUUUUGAUUUGAUUUCAUUUUCUGAACGCAAAUUGCUG